AUGUGUGAAGAACGGGUCAGGAAAAGGAAUGAGGAUGUGGUGAUAUGUGUAGAUCGGGUUAGGAAAAGGAAUGAGGAUGCGGUGAUAUGUGAAGAACGGGUCAGGAAAAGGAAUGAGGAUGUGGUGAUAUGUGUAGAACGGGUCAGGAAAAGGAAUGAGGAUGUGGUGAUAUGUGAAGAACGGGUCAGGAAAAGGGAUGAGGCGAAAUUUGAUAAUCUGGAUGUUCAACAGUGUAGUGGUGAGGUAACAGCGAGGUCAUGUGUUCCUUCCGAACGCUUCUUUUUCUAA